GUCUAGAUCAAUCUUUGUUCACUUCUUUCUCCUCUUCUUCAUCUGCUGGUCACCUUUUUCAUGGCCAUGCGGUUCUCUAACAUAAUUAAGCUUUUUCAUCGAAAACAGCGAGAAACACUUGGGCUACGGCAGCCACCGGUCGUCGUGCCUACAAUUGACGAGUCACAACAGGCGCAGAGCAAGGAGGGGCCGAAAAGCCCCGACACCAGCUCCCCAGAGCCCGUCGCGCCGAGCUUACCUGGUCGUCUUUGGAAUCACGCCUAUGAUGAGCUAAAGGCGAAAGACUCAAGACUGAUUGGACACUAUGAGAUCAUCCUCUCGAGCCAAAUGGAUGGGAGUUACAACAAGGCUGUAGAUCUCAACUGUCAGAUAAACAAAAUCAGCCUAGGGCAGUCAAGAUCGCUCCAAAUGCGACAGCUUGUAGAUUCUGGUCUGCAGAGAACAGAAAAGGAAGCUACUACCAAAGACUCAGUCGCGCAAGGACUGCAAGUUUUCAACGUCAUCAAAGAUACCAUUUCCACCGCGACCAAAGCCUCGCCGGAAGCCUCUGUAGCUUGGGUACCAAUAUGCCUUGCUCUUGAUAUACUCAUGAACCCACUCACUCAAGCCUCCUCCAACAGAGAGGGAAUCGCUUAUGUCGUGUCAAGGAUGGACUGGUACUGGCACCUAGCUGAUCUUUUCUUGGAAAACAAUCAAAAAGCUCAACGAUCGCGGCCUCUUCAAGAGCAACUAGAGAGGAGUCUAAUUGACCUUUACGCGAGUCUUCUGGAAUAUCAGAUCAAGAGUAUCAUAACGUACCAUCGUCGACGCGAACUGACAGCCAUCAAGCAGAUGGAAGAAAUAAUACGACAAGAUGCAGCGCAAUUCACCACACAUGAGGUUUGCGAUCAAUUGCAAGUCAUCGCCAAGGAUGCCAAAGCCCAGAGUAUCAGUCUACAUACCAUCGCGACGAGUAUCCAGGCACAAGCAGCGCGUUCCGUGGAGGAUACAAAGACUGCAGCGGACAACCAAUGUCUUCAAAACUUGUUCUUGACUAACCCCAGCGACGACAGGGAACGUCUGGAAUAUUUGAAAGGGGGUUUGCUUGAUGGUUCUUUUCGAUGGAUACUCGACAACGCGGCGUAUCAACAGUGGUGCGAUGACCCGGAAGUGCGACUAUUAUGGAUUGAAGGCGCGCCUGGUCAGGGCAAGACCAUGCUUAUGUGUGGAAUUAUCGGCGUGCUGGGUCGAACCGUACUAGCUGUCGAUCUGCUAUCAUACUUCUUCUGUCAGACCUCGGAGCCGCACAACAAUAACGCCAACGCAGUCUUGCGUGGUCUUAUUCACUAUCUCGUUGGGCAGCGGCUAUCGCUCAUACGUCAUGUACGGCUCGAAUACGAUCGUGUGGGUGAAGACUUGUUCACCGGCUCAAAUUCUUGGACAGCUUUAUCUCGGAUCUUUACCAACAUGCUGUUGGAUCCAUGUCUGCACGAAGCAACCAUCUACAUUCUUGUAGACGCCAUUGACGAAUGCAUCGACCCAGAUGACCGUAAGAAGCUCCUUGAGCUGAUCGUGCGGAUCUCAACGGGGGUUUCGAACAUUAAAUGGAUAAUCUCUUCACGUGAGUGGAACGAUAUCCAUGAUAUACUCACCGAGCAUCCUCAAAUGAUUUCCCAUGUACUAGACCCUAAAUCUGGAGUUACGCUCGAAGCAGUCAACACAUAUAUUCUACACAAGGUUGAGCACUUGGCCAGGAAGAAGAGGUACAAUCCGACGGACGCAGCUGUUAUUCAAGACUACUUGAUUGAAAACGCUGGAGGAACAUUUUUAUGGGUAGCAUUGGUCUGCAAGAAAUUAGAAGACUCUACAGGCAUUUUUUACGAAGCGGCCAUGCAAGCUUUCCCACCUGGCCUCAAGGAAUUAUACGGAAGGAUGCUUCAGCAGAUUGAAGACUUAAACGAACCCGAAGCCAAGCUCUACAAGUUUGUACUAUCAGUAGUAGUAGUAGUCUUCCAGCCUUUGUCCUACCUGGAACUACGAAAUCUUCUGCGCGAGCUUGACCAUAUUACGGACGAACAGGUGGAGAUGAGAGUAAAAGAGAUAGUCUGUGCUUGUGGAUCAUUCUUAUCCUUUGAUGAUUCCAAAGUUGUCUUGGUUCACCAGUCGGCGAAGGACUACCUCAAGAGCGACGCGUACAACACUAUCUUCCCGCACGGUCACGCAUUUGCUUAUUCUCUUAUCCUGGCCCGCUCUAUGAGGAUAUUGGACCUAGCUUACCGGAACCCAGACGAUGCACUGGAACCAGACGAACCCGCAAUCUCCAGGUCAGCCACCCUUCUGGAAGUUGAUUACUUCGUUUCGUACUGGCCGCACCAUUUUACAAACGGUGAUUUCGAGUGCCUAGUCUAUCUUGCCUCUGACAAAGGACCCAUCUGUCCUUUCUUGAGAAAGUAUAGUCGACGAUGGAUUCAGUCUUUAGGCGUGGGCAUUGGGAACCUUUUUCUUUCCAGUAUUGAGCUUAGCGUACGAGAGUUUAGUCAGUUCACCGAGCUCUGCUCAACUAUAAACGAUAUACUUGAGCGCGAGGAAUACCCAAGAGGGGGUGUAAAGUUCAAGAUUGCGGGAUCGAAAGCUGUGCAGGGACUGACGAGUUAGGAAAGUGUUUUGAUCACGUCAAAGCCGUGGUGGAUAACGAACCUAUCAUGAGGCCCACAACGAGCCCCUAUCUAUGCCGCGCCUUUUUGAUGUUAGAAUGAAUUGUCUCAUGAACUGGGC